CAUACAUGUAGUUCAAGAUCUGUAUUUAAAAUAAUGUUAAUCAUCAAAAUAUUAAUGGUCAUAUAAUGGCCCUGCAUAUUGGUCAAUAACAUUGUCUAUAACAACGCCAAUCGGUAUAUGCGAGAAAAAAAAUCAUUCAACAGUCUGAAACCGACAGAACUGAGCACCGACAUAGUGUUCACAAGACACUUUUAGGUAAAUUGGUGUUGAUGAUAUCAACAUAUAGCCUAAAAUACAGUAAAAUUAGAGUUUUACCUCAAUCAGACAAUAAAUAUAAAAAAAUUGAACACUUGAAUACGUUUUAUGAAUAAAUUUGAUGUUAUUUAAAUUAUUAUAAAAAUGACAGAAACUUUUAUUACACAAACUACAGGAACAUUACAGAAAAAGUCAUGCCCCGAUCGUCAACUACACUGCAGUAUAUACUUCUCAUGAAUUGUAUUGUAACAUAUUUCUAAAUAGACACCAACCAGCCACGAAACAAGAUAUAAGGGAUGUAUGUUUUUUUUAACCACAAGAGUGAUUCACUGAUGUUUUACGACUUCGCUUAUUCAUGCAUUUCAAACCCGCAAGUCACCUCGUCACAAGAUGUUUUUAAUUGAAACUCAGCAUGUAUCGAGAGCAAUAGACUCGUGCCUGUCAUUCACAACCAGCAUAGAUCAAACCUAUUGACUAUUACUUAGUUUGUGAAUUUGAUGUUAGCGACAGUUAGUUGGCGCUGUUGAAGCUCUUUAUGAUAAGUAAUGGCCAUUACAGAAGGGAAUUUAAGAAGAGAAAAGGCGGCACAUUGGAAGUUGGAAACGACAGAUCCUUCAUGGGAGGAGGAGAAAGUGGGUGUGAGGGGGCGUAAGGACACUGAAGAAAAGCUGCAGCACGUGUUUUGGUUUAUUUUAUUCAUUAUUCUCUCUUAUGGAUUUAUCAUAGCUUUGUCAUUUUACCGAAUUUGCGUUGUAGGCCUGUUAGAAUGAACUGAAUUAGUUUUACGUGAAUUUAAUCUAACAGAAAUAAUAUGAAAUUGAUCAUAAUGAAUCACAAUGAACGAAGAGAGUCGUAUUAUGAUUCCCGGAUUUCUCCAGCAUGGAUGGAGCAUGAAAACUCCUCGAAUCUUCUCUUAGCUCCGAAUGACACUGAGGACUCUACGUCCAGCCCAGAUCUGGAUGUCAUUACAUCUUCGCCAGAUCUCCAGUGGUUUCUGCAGUCUUCUAUACUUUCCCAAUCAGAGACCACCAUGGGCACAUUUUCCUCAUUCCUACCCACCAGCACCACCAUGUUCAACUGCCCCUGUUUGUCACAGUGCUGCAGUCCAAACCCGUCCUGUAAUGGAGCAGUGGGGGACAAUGCAGAGGGCCAUGAUGAUAAUAAGCAUGUGUCCUCGGAGGAGCUUGAGAAAAUAAGGAUCCGCAGAGAAAGGAACAGGGUAGCAGCUGCCAGAUGUCGAGAUCGUCGUCGGAUGCUUAUAGACACUUUACAGAAUGAGACUGAUCAUUUGGAGCAUGUGAAGACGCAGCUGGAGGAAGAGAUUGCCACACUUGAAAGGGAGAGAGAGAGGCUGGAGUUAGUCUUUGAGGCUCACGGGCCCAUCUGCAAGUUAAAAAACCCAAAUCCAGAAUAAAAUGGAUGCUGGUCAUGUUUAGUGCUGAAUCUGCUGGUUCAGAUCAGCUCUGUAUUAUAUAAAGCAAUAGGCAUAUAUUUGUGAAAGCAAUAUGUUCAAAUAAAUGUCAGUUAUACUUCGAGAAUUAUUAUCUUGCAUGCAUAAUUUGUUUUGUUUUUUUAUGAAUAAAGCAUAAUAAACCACAUUUUCAAAUGG